AUGGCUCCCUUUCGCCACAUUCGUCGCGCGCUGGCGCCGCGUGCCGUGCUGCUAGCGCUCGCGGUUCUGGCAGUCGGCGCGCUCAGCAAGCGCGUGAAGCGGCGGCAGCAGCCGGCGGCGAGCGCGCCUGGCGACGAGGGGCCGGUGGAGUCGUCCGUCUUCGCGCGCCGCCUCGUUACCGCCGACGUCUCGUAUCGCGACAUUCUCAAGGUCGAGUGCUUCUUGCGCCGUCUCGCCCCGCUGUUUCCCUCUGCUGCUCUGCCACCCUCGCCUCGCAUUCCCGCUGGCCUCUCACCCCCAUGCCUGUGCCCCCUCGUGCGCGUGUUGCGUUGCGCGGUGGCAUGCGUCGCGGUGGAUGGACAGGAGCACGCGCGGUACUGGAAGGACACGACGCACCGCCACUUCAACGGCACCGUCCUCGCUUACGUCACUCCCUGGUCCGUUCCACAUCAGUCGCUCCCUGUUCAGUCGCAAAUUUCCCUGAACGGGGGAGGCUACGACAGGGCACGGCAGUUCCGCCACAAGUUGACGCACAUCUCACCCGUCUGGUUCCAACUCAAACGGUCAGCACGCACCCACACCCCCGUGCCAAUGCCACCAUGCCAAAAACCGCCACUUGCUCGUGGUUUAUUUAUUCCCUUGUUUCUCCUCUCUCCCUCGCUUCACCUUCCAUCGCGUGCCACCCUCCUCUCAUUCCACACCCCACUCUCGCCCCAACCCCCAUGUGCCAACCGCUGGUCGCACAGAGAGGGCGGGUGGCUGCGGGUGGCGGGCGGGCAUGAUGUGGACGUGCCGUGGAUGGACUCCGUGCGCCAGGAUGGCGCUCAGGUGGUGCCACGUGUGCUGCUGGAGGCGCAUGACACGUCAGGCAUCAUCAGCUCUGAUGAGGACGCAUCUGAGGCCAUCCGCCUCAUCCUUGCCACCUGCAGGCAGCACCAUCUGGACGGCAUAGUGCUGGAAGCAUGGUCCACAUGGACGGCCACAGGGCUGCUCGCCUCACCCCCAAAGCGUGCGCGCGCCCUCGCCUUCCUCUCCCGCCUCGGCGCCGCCCUACACGCCACGCCCAACCCCGCCUCCCCCACCGCACGCCUCUCCUUCUUCCUCGUCAUCCCCCCCAACGCCGCCGCCGCCCUUCCCCCCGAGCAGCAGCGCAACCUCCCUCCGCACGCGUUCACGGCGGGGGAUCUGGCAGCGCUGCAUGCGCACGUGGACGGCUUCUCCCUCAUGACCUACGACUUCUCCCCGCCCUCCCACCCGGGCCCCACCGCGCCGCUGCCGUGGGUGCGGCUGUGCCUGCAGGCGCUGCUGCCGGGGGUUACGCCGCGGUACGCAGGCGCGUAUGGCGAGGACAUGGGGGUGGGCGAGGAGGAGUGGCGGGAGGAGCUACGGCGAGGCCGCGAGCUGAGGAGCUUUGUGGGGGAUGAGGAGGAGGAGGAGGAGGAGGAGGAGGAGGAGGAGGAGGGGGAGGGGGGUGGGGUGGGAGGAGAUGUGAGGGAGAUAGCACGCAAGGUGUUGGUGGGGCUCAACUUCUACGGCUAUGAGUACGGGCCCAAUCAAGACUACCGCCCACUACUGGGCAGGGACGUGGUGGAGGUGCUGCAGCGCUACCAGCCGCAAGUAUCGUGGGAUCCAGACGCGCGCGAGCACGCCGUCUCCUUCGCCGCACGCCCCUCGGGCAUCCGCCGCGCCGCCUUCUUCCCCUCGCUGCUCUCGCUGGCGCUGCGCAUGCGCGAGGCCAGUGCGUGGGGUGCGGGGCUGUCCGUAUGGGAGAUCGGGCAGGGCCUCGACUACUUCUUCGACCUGCUCUAG